AGUGUAUUGUUAAGUCUGAAUAGGAGCUGCCUCACUUCUCCCCAUGCUCAAGAAAUCCUGCACACUUGGAGGGAUACACUACUGCCUCAUGCACACUUAGCAGAGCUGGAUACAUUGUCUCACAAACCGUCUUUAUUUUUCAUCUUCAAGAUUCUUUUUGGUUUUGAUCACUGGAAGGAAAACUUUUUAUUUAUUUUUUAUUUCCAUCUUUAAAACUUUCUCUUCUCCCUGGAUCUCCUCGAGGUGCUUCAUACAGCCCACAUUUUUGUCUUAAGGGCACCAGAUGGUUUAAAUUAAACUCUCUCCCCUUUUUUAUUCUUCCAAUACUUCCGAGACUUUUUUUAAUUUAUUUUUGCCUCUUCAAGAAGUUUUGUUACUUCAAGAAAAAUCCACCCUCUCCCGAUAUCCUUUUUCCUGAGAGCAACCAACUAAAGGGUUAAGACAUUUUGGAAGUUGGGCGAAAAACUAAACUUGUUUUUAUAUAAGUUUUAAUUUAUUUUUUAUAUAUAUUUUUUAUUUUUGUAACCGUUGAAAUCUUUAGGAAGAUAAAAGGAGAAGACUUCAGUGCCAAGAAUCAAGCAUUCCAAGUGGGAACAGCGUGAGGCUCGUCUCCUCUUGACACUGGAGGCCUCAUGGAUUCCGUUGGCCUGCACUAGCCGAGUGGGGAUGUUCUCUGGAAGGUCAUUGCUUCUCUGGGGUGUCCUACUCGGCGCUGCUCUCUCAGCUGCCCGGCCCCCUUCCACCUUGUCAGACCAAGUUGUCCCAGAGUCCAAACAAGAAAUGGAAUCGUUUUUGGCUCAUCCUGGAGACCCGAUAAUUUUACAGUGCAGGCUUCGAGAGGAUGUUCAGAGCAUCAGCUGGGUGAAAAACGGAGUUCAGCUUUCGGAGACUAACCGCACUCUCAUAACAGGCGUUGCUAUCCAGAUUCUCAACGCCAGGCAGGAGGAUUCUGGGUUGUAUGUCUGCGUUACUAGUGGCCCAUUUGGAACAGAUACUGUUUUAUUCAAAGUUAACAUUUCAGAUGCACUAUCGUCUGCCGAAGAUGAAGACGAUGACGACGAUAAUUCUUCUUCGGAAGAGAAAGCUGCAGAGAGCUCCAAACCAAACCGGCCUUACUGGGCAAACCCAGAGAAGAUGGAGAAGAAACUUCAUGCUGUUCCAGCAGCAAAGACCAUAAGAUUCCGAUGUCCGGCAGGGGGCACACCAGUGCCUACUCUACGGUGGCUGAAGAACGGCAAAGAGUUCAAACCUGAUCAUCGGAUUGGAGGAUAUAAGGUCCGUUCUCAAUCUUGGAGCCUUAUUAUGGAUUCAGUGGUCCCAUCUGAUAAGGGAAAUUACACGUGUAUUGUGGAAAACAAAUAUGGCAGCAUAAACCACACGUACCAGCUGGAUGUAGUCGAACGUUCUCCGCAUCGGCCAAUCCUCCAGGCCGGUCUGCCGGCAAAUAUGACGGCCAUUAUAGGAAGCAACGCCGAGUUCCAUUGCAAGGUUUACAGUGACCCUCAACCUCACAUCCAAUGGCUCCGGCACCUUGAAAUCAAUGGGAGCAAAAUAGGAUCUGAUGGCUUGCCCUAUGUGGAGAUCCUAAAGACUGCAGGAGUCAACACCACCGACAAGGAAAUGGAGGUUCUCCACCUGACGAAUGUUUCUUUUGAGGAUGCUGGCCAGUAUACCUGCUUGGCUGCUAAUUCCAUUGGGCACUCUUAUCAUUCUGCAUGGUUGACCGUUCUUGAAGCUACAGAAGAGAGACCAUCACUUAUGACGACGUCCUUACAUCUGGAGAUUAUAAUCUACUGUGCUGGAGCCGCCAUUGUGUCGGCCAUGUUGGUGACCAUCAUCAUCCUUAAGAUGAAACAUCCGUCCAAGAAGACCGAAUUUAAUAGUCAGAUGGCUGUCCACAAACUGGCCAAGAGCAUACCACUGCGCAGACAGGUAACAGUGUCGGCAGACUCAAGUUCUUCGAUGAAUUCAGGAGUGAUACUGGUAAGACCCUCUCGGUUGUCAUCAAGUGGUACACCCAUACUGGCUGGAGUGUCAGAAUAUGAGCUUCCUGAAGACCCCAGAUGGGAGGUAGCAAGAGACAGGUUAAUCCUUGGAAAGCCGCUUGGGGAAGGCUGCUUUGGUCAAGUAGUUAUGGCAGAGGCCAUAGGUCUGGACAAGGAAAAACCGAACAGAAUCACCAAAGUUGCAGUGAAGAUGUUAAAAUCUGACGCCAGCGAGAAGGACCUUUCUGAUCUAAUUUCUGAGAUGGAAAUGAUGAAAAUGAUAGGAAAGCAUAAAAAUAUAAUUAAUCUUCUUGGAGCCUGCACGCAAGAUGGUCCUCUAUAUGUGAUUGUAGAAUAUGCCUCCAAAGGAAACCUGCGUGAGUACUUGCGUGCAAGACGUCCACCAGGAAUGGAAUAUUGUUACAAUCCUAUCUGCGCCCCUGACGAGCUGCUCUCCUUCAAAGAUCUAGUCUCCUGUGCCUAUCAGGUGGCUCGGGGCAUGGAAUAUCUGGCUUCUAAAAAGUGCAUUCAUAGAGACGUAGCAGCGCGGAACGUUCUCGUCACGGAGGAUAAUGUGAUGAAGAUUGCCGAUUUUGGUCUUGCCAGGGAUAUCCACCACAUUGACUAUUACAAAAAGACAACAAAUGGUCGUUUGCCAGUAAAAUGGAUGGCACCAGAAGCUCUAUUUGAUCGAAUAUACACUCAUCAGAGUGAUGUGUGGUCAUUUGGGGUUUUAUUGUGGGAAAUCUUUACACUUGGAGGUUCUCCAUACCCUGGUGUCCCAAUGGAAGAACUGUUUAAGUUAUUGAAGGAAGGACAUCGGAUGGACAAGCCAACAAAUUGCACCAAUGAGUUAUACAUGAUGAUGAGAGAUUGCUGGCAUGCCGUCCCCAGCCAGAGACCUACCUUUGUACAACUGGUGGAAGAUUUAGACCGAAUUGUAGCGCUAAGCUCUAACCAGGAGUACCUCGACCUUGUCAUGCCAGUCGGUCAGUAUUCUCCGUGUUUCCCCGAUACACGAAGCUCCACGUGUUCAUCAGGGGAAGAUUCAGUUUUUUCUCAUGAUCCUUUACCAGAUGAACCAUGUCUUCCCAAAUAUGCUAUUGGAGGACUUAAAAAGCGUUGAUCACCUUAUCCUAGGUCAUCAUCCCAGUUAAAGGACACUUGGUUUUAUGCAUUCCUGAAAAAAAGAAGAAAAACAUUCAAACUACUCAAUUUCCAAGACCUAAUGGACCAUUUGAGCCGGUGUCUUUAGUCUUACCUCAUGCAUUGAUGGAACUCCUUAUAUUUCAGAUGUUUGGAAUGGAGGUGGGGCCCAAGUAUUACAUAACUUAUGGCUGGUGGUGUCAACCCCAGAACAUCUGAUGAUCUUAUAGGUACAACAUUAGAAGUUUUUGUGGGAAAACGCAUGACCUCAUCAUACGUAUUCAUUGGACGGGCAUCUAUAUUCUCCUCAAGCUUAUUCCCAUGCCAUCUGAAGUCAUGAUCGUCUACCUUCACGUCUCCAUAAACCUGUGAUUUGGAGUCUGUUUAUGCAUAACGAUCUUGCUCUUUUUCAGUUUUCUACACGUUACGAGAAUGCCUUAGCCAUUAAAAAGAUACAAAUGCAGUUGACCAUAUGCUACGGCAUGAAGAGUUGGGAUAAGGUCUUUCUCCAAAGAAGUCUCUACGCAGCCUUGUCCACCAUUAGUUGAACUGAAUCCUAAAUGCAGACACACUGAUAUGGACACCACUUUUCUUCAUAUAUUAUGAAUGUGUCAUGUCUUAAUAAACUGAAGGAAUGUUAAAAGCACCUACCACAAAUGGACUGUUCCCAAAUCUCGCACACUGAUUUUAUUCCAUAUGAAACUCUGCUGGCCAGCUAUCGGUACGGGGGUAUAUUCCAGUUUUAUCGCUGUUUUUUGAUUGUUUGAGUCAGGCCUAUAUUUUAGCUCUUACCCAAAAGCCUCUUGGUAGUCUGGUUCUAGAAUAAGCAUAGCUCAGACCUACACCCAGGGGCAAAGUUCCAGAAUAAAAGGCCUGGAUUAGAUUAUCCAGAAAACAUGGGGGACUUUUGUUUUUUUUUAAACAGGUUUCAUGCUAGUUAUGUAAUAUAAAUAUGGGCAGCGGAAUGGUAAAUGCUUUCCUUGUGUAUAUAGCUAGAAAAUGUAUAAAUAUGAAUUAUAUAUUUACAUGUCUUUUUAAGAAAAAAAUAUUAUGAAAUAUAUACCAGUUUGGUAGUAAAUUGGCUGGUAGCUCUCAGUUGCUAUAAACAAAAAAAACAUAUAUUUUGCUAUGUUUUCAGUUUGUAUUUUUUUAAAUUAUGUUCUAAAACUUUCUUAUUUCCAGUACAAGUCCCUUAAUAAAGAGAUUCGGCUUAAUUUCUUAUUUUUAUA